AUGCAAAUUAAUUGUUUGUUUUGUGAAAAGCAAAGAACAGAUGGCAAAAUCAAUUUUCCAAUUCUUCUUAAAACUGUAAUUAUAUUUGAUAAUAAAAUAAGGCUUUGUAUUUGAAGUAUAAUUAGAAUGAUGAUCAACCAAUUGAUGAUAUAAUUAAACAUUCUCAUAAGAAAUGGGUGAUUGAUUUUUUUGAAAAAGCAUAAGAAAUCAAAGAUGAAGAGUUUGUUAAAAAAUACUUUUAGUAAAAUGAAAUAGGACCUAAAUUAGUAGAUUUAACAGAAUAUUAUAAAUAUCGAUUGGAUACUCCUCAUUUUUUUAUGGUUCCACUCUCUAAGGCAAUAAAUUAAUACAAUAAAAUACGAAAGUAUCAUCUAUUAUAUUAUUAGAGAAUACCAUUACACUUAAAUUAAGUAUCAAUUAGGAAUGUUAGUUCAUACUAAAAAUAAUAAGAAUGAUCUUCCUUUUACAAAAAUGCUGAUGAUGGGUGAUACUAAAUAAGAGGAUUCCAUAUCUAAGUCUAUAAUAUCAUUAUUAAAUAAAAUUAGGCCCACUUAAAUAAAAGUUAAAUAGAUUAAAUAAGCAAAAGUAUAUACAUAACAAUCAAGUUUAUCAACUACUAAGUUAAAUUAUUAACCAUUAAUUAAAAAAAGUGAGUUAGUAAGUAGAAAAUUAAAGGCUAUUUUAAAUGAAAAUAGUCGUUCUCCAAUAAAAUAGAACAAUUAAUAUAAAAAAGUUCAAUCAAAAUCUCAAUCUAAUGUUCACUUAAAUACUUAAAUUAGUAUUAAUAAUUAUAAAAAAAUGAGUAUGCAAUAGAGUAUGUAAAUGCUUAUUUCUACAAAGAAUUUAUAAUAAAGUAAAUUAGGAUCAUAAGCAGAUAUAAUUUCGAGUAUUUACUUAUCAAAAAAAAAUAGUAUAAAUCUCAAGAAUCGAUAAUAAAAAAAGUUAAGAAAUAUGUUUUAGAAAUGA